ACAACACACUAGAGAUGGGCAUAAACGUAAAUGUAACGAGCAUGUGAGAGAUCUACACGUAUAUUUAAACUUUGACUGUUCUUCUUCUUCUUCCUCUCUGGAAAAAAUAAUCUAAUAAAAAAUGGAGAAGAAACUUGGGAUUAUGUUCUUCCUUUUUGCUCUUCUUCUUCUUCAGUUAUCUGGGAUUCGUACAGCUCAACGUCCUUUGCAAGUGGAUAAAGAAGGAAACACGAAUAAUAAUUGGGCUUGGGCUACACAAGCAGAUAAGGCAUCCGAGGUUGCCCAAGAGUUAUCGCAUCUGAUGGGAGAAGAGAAGUGUGAGGAGACCGAUGAAGAGUGUAUGAAGAGAAGGAUGAUCACUGAAUCUCACUUGGACUACAUCUACACUCAAAGCCACAACAAGCCUUAAGUAUCCCCACCUUUAUUUAUUCAUUUAUCAUCAUUAGUAUUACUAUUGAAAUUUAAAAUGUACCAAUUAGUAUGAGUAAUUCAAAACUAACUCUAAAGUGUUUGUUAUAAAACUAGAGGUAAAAGAAAAAAUAAACAAAAGAAUCGUAUUGUUGCAACAAAAUAUAAAUGUAAAACAAAGAAUGUCAUUUAAACU